UUGCUCUUCUCCUUGUUGGCUGAGACAGGCAGAAGGCAUGGUUCGCGGGACGCUCGAAGUCCUCCUCGUCGGAGCCAAAGGCCUCGAGGGCACCGAUUUCCUCAGCAACAUGGAUCCCUAUGCAAUCCUCACAUACCGGUCACAGGAACAGAGGAGCAGCGUCGCAUCUGGGAAAGGCAGUACUCCUGAAUGGAACGAGAGCUUUGUGUUCACCAUCUCCGACGGUGUCGCAGAACUCACCAUCAAGCUCAAGGACAGCGAUAUGUGCACGGCCGAUGAUUCCGUUGGGGAUGCAACCAUUCCUUUAGAAGCAGUCUUUCAAGAAGGAAGACUCCCUCCUACUGUCUACAAUGUUGUCAAGGAUCAAAAAUAUUGUGGAGAGAUUAAAAUUGCUCUAUCCUUCACUCCAGAAGAAAAUACUGAUCGGGAUUUCGACAAGGAGAGCUAUGGUGGAUGGAAACAAUCCUCCUGAAAGCAGGAUGUGUUUCGUCACAUUCUACUUCAAUGUAAAGUGUGUUAGAUCAUAUUCUUCUGAUCCAUUUGAAAAUGCUAAUUA